AGAGAGAGAGAGAGAGAGAGAGAGAGAGAGAGAGAGAGAAGAGAGGAGAGUCAGAAUAGAAAGAAAAUCCAUUUGCCGAAGAUUUCGAUUUUAGGGUUAGGUUUUAGGGUUUUGAACUUAGAAGCCAUGUCGACGGUCACCAACAAAACGGCACCGUCUCAGCAACCCCAGCAGAGCAAUGCCAAGCCAGGUCUCAGGAAGCCCGUCUUCACCAAGGUUGAGCUCCUCAAGCCGGAGACCAUUGGACACACCCUCGUCGCUAAGGUCCUCACCUCCAACCCUGUCUUGCAAAAGGGCCGAUCGGUCUCUCAGCACCUCCGCCAGACCCGAAUCUCUGAGUGCCUCAUUGGGGACGAGACUGGGACUAUUCUCUUCACUGCUAGGAAUGAUCAAGUUGACUUGUUGAAGCCUGGUACAACUGUUAUUCUCCGCAAUGCAAGGAUUGACAUGUUCAAAGGAUCUAUGAGGCUAGCAGUUGAUAAAUGGGGCCGUAUUGAGGUCACUGAACCUGCAAAUUUUGUAGUCAAGGAGGAUAACAAUCUGUCUUUAGUUGAAUAUGAGCUGGUGAACGUUCAGGAGGAUGGAGGGGCUCCGCCUGGUAGUUAGUAUAUUUUGACAGAAGAAUCAAGUAUCAAAAUCUAUAAAAGGUUUGAUGGUUGGUUUUGUUCUUAAUUAAUAGUAAUAUGCUGUUGCUGCUGCUGCUUGGGUUAUAUCCUAUUGAUGGAAUGUUUAGUUUGGGAUUGGUUAGGAGAUGUUUUUGUGGAAAAGACUCGGUGUUUUAAUAUAAUUUUCAUGGCUUAGAGUGUUGUUCGAUGUGGCAGGAACAGCUUGUGUCCUUUACUGAAAGGUGGAAAUGUAAGCAAGUGUUAAUUUUCUUAUAUUUCUUCUCAUCUUUAGCAUCCAUCAAUUCCAUACUUAUUUUGUGCU